GAGGAGAUUCUGCACCGUCCCAUGUACUAUUUCCUGGCCUUACUCUCCUUCACUGAUGUCACCCUGUGUACCACCACUGUGUCCAAUAUGCUGUGCUUAUUCUGGUUCAACUUCAAGGAGAUUGGGUUUAAUUCUUGUCUGGUUCAGAUGUUCUUUGUCCACAUGUUGACUGGAAUGGAAUCUGGUGUCCUCAUGCUCAUGGCCCUGGACCGUUAUGUAGCCAUCUGCUAUCCUCUGCGUUAUACCACUAUUCUCACAAACACUGUGAUUGUCAAAGCUGGUCUUACUACUUUCUUGAGGAAUGUGUUGCUCCUGUUUCCAUUCACUGUCCUCACUAAGCGCUUGCCCUAUUGCCGAGUCACCCUUAUCUCUAACAUUUACUGUGAUCCCAUGUCUGUGGCUAAGGUAUCCUCUGGCAAUGCCAAAGUGAAUGCAAUCUGUGGUCUUAUGGUUACUCUACUAAUUGGUAUGUUUGACAUUUGCUGUAACUCUGUGUCUUACACUAUGUUACUGCCAGCAGUGGUGAGUCUGUCCUCUGCAGAUGCUCAUCAUACAGACUUUAGCACCUGUACAUCUCACAUCUGUGCUACUGUGAUCACUUAUGUGCCUGCUUUAUGUACCUUCUUCACUCAUCGUUUUGGAGGAUACAUCAUUCCCCACCACAUCCACAUCAUAGUGGCCAACCUCUACCUGCUACUUCCCCCUACCAUGACCCCAAAUGUUUAUGGAGUCAAGAACAAGCAGAUUCAGGAAAGUGUAAUCAAAUUUUUAAUCAGAGACAAAAUGGGCAUUAUCUAAAACAAAUGGCUAUUAAGACCAGUUACAAUUGCUUGUCAUGAGGAAAAUCAUGGAGAAAGCUGUCAUAAAAUAUGAGUGAAAUAGUAUUAUGCCAUUUAACAUGUAAAUGUCGAAAGCCUUUGCAAUUGUAUGUUAUGAUAUUCUUUGUAAGGGAAACUCUGCUAAAGUAUAAAGUGUAGAAAUUAAUACAGAAAGUACUCAUGCCUUCUAUUUUUAUUUUUACAAAAUUCUAUAGAAAUAGAAACAAUGGAUGGAAAUAUAAUAAAACGGUGGAUGUAGAAUAAAUGUCAAUCUGUGUUUUAUAUUUAAAAGAUAAGAUUGCAAUAAUUUGUGAGAACCUUGUACUCUCCACUAAGGGCAAACCCUACUUAGAU